CAUGCCCACUGCAACUUUCUUACACAGUUCAAAAGCAGAGUAACAACAGAGUGAGUCACAGUUUAGCAGCUCUACGGACGCUUCAUCUCUGUCUGUCUAAUUUACAUGUUUAAAGUGGACUUUUAUCAGUUUAGUAACAUGUUUACAUUCUGGAUUUUUAUUCUCUGUCUGACUUUCAUCGUCUGGACUCCGGUUGAAGGUCAGUCUGAGGUGAUUGGGUCAACUCAGCCAAUCAUCGCUUCUCCAGGUGAUGAUGUCAUCCUGCCAUGUCACCUGUACCCUGAGUUCAACGUGAAGGGGCUGACGGUGGAGUGGUCGAAGCCCGAUCUGAAGCCUGACCCCUCAGAUCGGCUGAGUCGGGCCGCGUGCGUCCAUCUUUACCGGCACAGACAGGAAGACCUCGACAUGAAGAUCCCAGCGUACCUCAACAGGACGAAGCUGUUCACAGAUGAACUGGAGCGCGGAAACAUUUCACUCAAGAUCAUGAAUGUGACGCUGGCAGAUGAAGGGAGAUACAGAUGUUUGGUUCCCAAGUUGAAGAGCAGAGUGAAGUCGGCAAUUGUUGAACUUGUUGUUGGUGGUGGUCGUCUCAGUCGGAGCGUUCUGAUCUCCGGUGUGGUGGUUUGCUGCAUCUUACUAAUCUUUGUGGUGUAGUUGGUGCAUAUUUAUUCAAACAAAGGUGCCAAAAACCAAAUCAUCUGAAAUAUGACAUCACCUGAAGGAAACCAGCCUAGGAGCCUUGCUCUCAAGGGUACUUUGCUAGCUGAUGUUAAAGGAGAUGAGAACAUUACACAUUUACCUGCUGAAUGUGGCCAAGACCAAGGAAAUGUUUGUGGAUUUUAGGAGGACCAAGACUAGGGUAAAAAUCAUUUCCAUUCUUGGAGAGGACGUGGUGGAAGGAUACAGAUAUCUUGGAUUUCACCUCAAUAACAGACUCUACUUCUACUUCUUCCUCUACUUCUUGAGGAAGCUUCGGUCCUUUAAUUUGAGCAGGAAGAUGUUGCAAAUCUUCUGUUGUGGCAAGUGCAGCAUUCCUUGCUGAACCAAAGGGAGUUUAUCAACAAACACAAAAGUGUGAAAACGACCUCACACUGAACAGACUGAUCAGGAAGGCUGGCUCUGUGUUGGGACUCCUCUGGAGACACUGUACAUAUAGCAUUAGAUAACAUAACAACAGUAAAAAAUAUCAUAAUCAACGCAGAAAAAAUGGGCAUUUAUUUACAGCAGAUGAAGUACUGUGUGAUGCUGCAGGUGUUCCUGCAGCUGUGGGCACAACCGGGCAAGACACAUAACAUCAGUACUGAUGUUUCUGCAGCAUCCCAGAUUACAUUCAGUGACCCCUGAAUGACAUUAACAUAACAUGUUUCAAACCUGCCUGAGUCACAUUAGUUGUGUUUUGACUGAUAUUCCAAUAGAUUGUGUAAUAGAUGCCAGAUACUACAGAGAAGUAAGAGAGGCAGAAAACAUCUAAUUGUUAUUAUUUGUUGCGUAUGUAUGAAAAGUAUGAAUUGGCUUCUAUGCAAACUGUGGGUUUUGUGCUCUCUGCAGUUUUCAUUAUGGACCGAUCGCUGUGCUGAAAUUUGGAGAAAAGCAUGAAUCACUGCACACAAACUGCUGCAACUGACAACAUGCAUUACAACCGUAAGAUAAAAUAUAACAUUAAAAUAAUCAGGUUUCUUUAUAUGAAAAAUACCACAUAUGAAUUAAGCAAUUAAAUGUAGAAUAUUACUCUGCUACUGGAUCUGACUUAUUGGUGGUAAUGAACAUUAUUCCAUCUGUCACAGAGCACCAUAUUUCUAAUAAAGAAGAAACAGAUGCUGCAGAUGUAUCUGUGUGGGUUUUUUGGGAGACUCAGUGGUUUCCUCCCACAGUCAGUA